AUGACAGAUCUGAGGUCGAAUUUUGAUUUGGAACCAAACCCUUUUGAAAGGUCGUUUGCUACAAAGGACUCAUCUGUAUCACUUGCUACUACUCAACAUUCUGGAUCUUCUGACACUGUGACAUCCUCUAUUCACUCCAAUAAAGUAUAUGAAAAUCAACCAAACAUUCAUCAAAAUAAUCAGCUCCACCAGAACCAAUUCCAAAACCAGCUCCACCAGAACCAUCAACACCCACUUCAGAACCAACAACAUCUGCAUUUGCAACUGCAUUUGCAACUGCAUCUGCAACUGCAACACCAGAACCUGAACCAGAACCAAAAUCAGAACCAGCAACAUCUCCCACAUACAAAGCUACCAGGUAUAACACCUCCUUUGUUUACACCUGGUGGGAGAAGGUUGCCUCCCUUAGAGCAAUCGUCCAACCCUGGCACACCAACUACAAAUCUAUGGAAUAGUCUUCUUUCUGCGUCAAACAAUCACCAGAACCCUCAAUUUAGCCAGCAAAACUACAAUCAGUUUAUGAGCACAUUGAAAAAGACUGGCCUCACACCAAAUGAAUCAAAUUUGAGAACGGGUUUGACUCCAGGUGGAUUAUCUACUUUUGGAUUCGGAGGCGGUGUUCCAGGGUUAUCGACACCAGGUGCUUUCUUGAAUGGGCCAAUCACUCCAGGGCUAUCGAACCUACUAGGGAUGAGCGGGAUUGGACCAAUAAACCAUUCACAAGAUCCCUUGGGUCCAGUACAACAACCAGUACAACCAGUGCAACAAUCACAACCAUCACUAGCACCUAAUGGAUCAUUGAAUUCACAAACUGGUCCAGCACUAGCACCAACCCAGCCUCCAGCACAAGCUCAAGUACAAGCUCAAGUACAACCAAUACCAACAGGCCAAGUACCUAAUGGUUCUGGACCAGGUCGUGCAAUUGAUGUUGGUACUGCAGGACAAGCACCUGGAGCACCUACUUCUGUUUCUACAAUGUCUCUCCCUCCUGCUCCUGUUCCAUUACCCCAGAUGCCAGAGAUUGAUGAGAUGCUGAAAAAUUCGUCGUCUUCACAACUCUCUUUACCAACAGAAGCCAAGGCUGACCCAGCACAAACAAAUGAUGAGCAGCCAAAGACAAAGAAGCGAAAAACAACGAAAACAACUACCGCUUCAAGAAAAGGACGCACAAAGGUGAAGAAAGAAGAUUCACCAUCCAAAGACACUCUAGAAGGUGAAUCGCAAAAAGAGAAUGAAAGUGGGAGCCCAAGUGGAAACCCAAGUGGAAACCCAAGUGGGAACCCAAGUGGAAGUACAAGUGGAAACCAGAAUGGAAAUGAAAAGAAGAAUGGAAAAGACAAAGAAGAUUCUAAAGCUACAGAGGAGGAAAAAAGGAAAAGUUUUCUUGAAAGAAAUCGAGUAGCAGCUUCCAAAUGUCGACAGAGAAAGAAACAGUUGAUACAAAAGAUGGAGGACGAGCUUACUUUCUAUUCUAAUGGUUAUCGAGAAUCAAGCGCACAAGUGACACAGUUGCGAGCGCAGUUGCUUGAUUUACGAAAUAUCAUUGAGGCACACAAGAAUUGUCCAUCAUUGGUACAGUAUUGUGGCGGGGCAGAAAAUUUAGAAAAAAUCUUGAAGGAUGCGACAGUAGCAACCGAAGUAACGGUUGAGGCGCAAAAUAACAUGUCCUCGAUCCCUUCGACUAUACCAACUACUCUAAACAUAGAACAAUAG